AUGGCGAACGCAGGUGCAUUCACAAAUAUCCGGGUCUACUGGCUCGCUUUCAUUGCAUACUGGGGUAUCGUUUUAUUCGGAUAUGAUACCGGCAUUGCAGGAGGUGUUGUCUCUCAAGCAAAUUUCCAGAAGCACUUUGGAAUGUGGCCUAAUGGUGUUGAGAACAAAGCUCAAGUCACAGCGGUGUCCUCCAAUGUUGUUUCAGUCCUUCAGGCUGGCGCAUUUUUCGGUGCUUUAGGAAGUGCGCCUAUAUCCGGCAAGUUUGGACGAAAGUGGACUCUGGUUGGUUUUACCUUUAUCUUCACCAUCGGCGCAAUUCUGACCACCAUAGCGAGUAGUCCUACCAAUGGACUUUCCCUGAUCUACGCAGGGCGAGUCAUCUCCGGAGUGGGAAUCGGUGGUAUUAGUGCUGUGUCUCCCGCCUUCGUUUCAGAAUGUUCACCUAAAGAAGUUCGGGGCCGUAUCACCGGUCUUUUCCAAGUCAUGGUAGCUACUGGAGUGAUGCUCUCGUAUUUCAUCAACUACGGCGUUAGCAUUAACAUUGGUAAUGGUUCCAGGAUAUGGAGAAUUCCCUUUGGUUUCCAACUUGUGCCCGCUGGUAUAAUGCUAUUCGGUCUGCUCACGGUCAAGGAAUCCCCUCGUUGGCUGGCUUCAGUAGGUCGCAAUGAAGAAGCUCUCAACAACCUCGCGUAUCUCCGCAGAAAGCCUACGGACGACGUAGAGCUUCUUCAUGAAUUGGCCGAAAUUGAAGCCGCUAUUGAGGAGGAGCGCGAAGCUAGGAAAGGUCUGGGCUGGAAAGAGGCAUUCUUUGGCAAAGGAAAUCUCAUUCGAUUUGUGAUCGCAUUCGUUAUAUUCCUGCUUCAGCAAUGGUGUGGUCAAAAUUCCGUCGGAUAUUACGCGCCUCAGAUUUUCGCUUCCAUUGGUUACACUGGUAACAAGAAUUCAUUACUCGCAUCUGGAGUUUACGGUGUCGUCAAAUUGGUCGCAACAUCGAUCUUCAUCUUUUUUGGAGUUGAGACUCUUGGUCGGAAACUGUCAUUCUUUAUAUCCGCAAUGGGAAUGGGUAUUUGUUUCUUUAUCAUCGGCGCUAUCAUCAAGACGCACCCGCCGCCAGCUACUAGCUCUACUAGUGUUGUUACCGCUAUUUCGCCCGCAAGUCAAGGAAUGGCAGCGAUGUUGUAUAUUUAUGUCUGUUUCUACAGCAUGGGAUGGGGUCCUCUCCCAUGGGUCUAUGUUUCGGAUAUCUUCCCUACCAGGACAAGACAUUAUGGUUUAGCUGUUGCCAGUGCUUCGCAGUGGUUAUGGAACUUCGUCGUCUCUCAUCAGACACUUUUAAUCGAACAGCAUCUUGGAUUCAAAUUUUUCCUGAUGUUCGCCACUGUCAAUAUAGGUGCUAUGGGCACCUUUUCGCUUCUCAUUCCCGAAACUAAGGGAAGAUCGCUGGAAGAAAUGGAUAUUAUCUUUGGAUCUGUAUCCGCCGAAAAACGAAGUGCCGAUGUUGCCAAGUUUGAGCAUGCUCUCGACAAUGGUCCAGAGAUUGGUUCAACGAGAAGCAACGACUACAGCGAUACGAAAGCUUGA